AUGCUUGAAGCUGCCAGGAUAAAUGGAGUAAAAAGAUUUUUUUAUGCUUCUAGUGCUUGCAUAUAUCCUGAAUUCAAGCAGCUGGACACUAAUGUUAGCUUGAAGGAAUCUGAUGCUUGGCCUGCAGAGCCUCAAGAUGCUUAUGGUUUGGAGAAACUGGCAACAGAAGAGUUGUGUAAGCACUACACUAAAGACUUUGACAUUGAAUGCAGAAUUGGUCGGUUCCACAAUAUUUAUGGCCCCUUUGGAACAUGAAAAGGUGGGAGGGAGGAAAGCCCCUGCUGCUUUUUGUAGGAAGGCGAUUACCUCUAAUGAUAAAUUUGAAAUGUGGGGAGAUGGACUGCAAACAAGAUCUUUCACUUUCAUUGAUGAAUGCGUCGAAGGUGUACUUAAGGUUAACAAAGUCUGAUUUCCGGGAACCAGCGAACAUCGGCAGUGAUGAAAUGGUGAAUAUGAAUGAAAUGGCUGGAAUUGUGCUAAGCUUUGAGAACAAGAAGCUUCCUAUACGGCAUAUUCCUGGCCCAGAGGGUGUUCGUGGUCGCAAUUCUGACAAUACUUUGAUCAAAGAGAAGCUCGGUUGGGCUCCAACAAUGAGAUUGAAGAACAAAUCGAGAAGGAGAAGUUUCAUGGUGUUGAUCUCUCUAUUUAUGGAUCGUCGAAGGUGGUGGGAACUCAGGCACCUGUUCACCUCGGAUCGCUUCAUGCUGCUGAUGACAAAGAAUGAAAUGCCAAUGAUUCAGCGUAAAAGACUAGUGGACAAUGAAAGUAGUGUUUGCAGUCAAAUCAGAUAUAUAUGGAGAGAACUAAUCUAUAAAUUUCAUAACAAAAUAAAGUAGCUUAUAUGAUGAAUAACACUUUUAAUGAACAUGCAAGGCAAUGACAUUGCACACAUCUUCUUGAAGCCUUUCAGAUGGAUGCAGUAAAUUUAGCAAUAUAUCUAGUCAAUCAAGACUAUAAAGUGCACUCAACUUUAAGCUUUUUGAAGAUGCCUAGCAAAUAAGGAGGUAUGUUUGCUAAAUUUGAAUGUUUUUGGUUGCCUAUUAUAUGUGUUUAUAUUGAUAGAGAUGAGCUCAACUAUGAAAUUGAGAUUGUGAAGGUAAAAUAAUUUUUGUAAGCGAAAAUAUUUUCUUUAAUUUUUAUAAGUGAGAAUAUUGUUAUUUUUUUUUUCCGUGUUACUAUGUUGUUUGUUGAACAGAGUAACACUAUAACUAGUUUUACUGUAUAUUUAUUAUUAGCGGCAAUCUUAGCAAUCUGCCUUUUUUUAAGCAAUUUGCUUUUUUAUUAAUAAUUUCUCUCUCUCUCUCUCUCUCUCUCUCACACACACACGCACACACAUCAUCAUCUUCUUCUUUAUCGUAAGUGUUCUAUCUCCUUCAUGUUAUCUCUCUAUUCAUUUACUCUAAUUCUCUCUUUCUAUUUUCUCAAAUCCUUUUUGUUUUAGGAACCUCUCCUAUCACUUUCUUGCUCAACUCUAGUUCUCAUCCUCCCAUCUUUGAUAUUCUCUCCCUUCACGAUAAGUGCUUUGGAGUCCUAUGACAUUUGCUUGUGGGGGUUGCAAGCUAGAUGCACAUGCUUGCAUGAAGGGGAAGUGGUUGAAGGAAUAAAAGUAGGUCAAGAUUAUUUAGGAAUUUAAAUAUUUAAACUUAAUCAAUCAAGGGCACGCGUGUUGGACAUGUUAAACAUGCAAGUUUGCUAUUUUUUUCCCUCAUUUUUUAAUUGGACACAAUGAUGGUGUGUUUGAUGUGUCGAAUGCAUGUCUUACGUGUGUCGUGCUAUGAUAUGUCAGACACUAUAUGCUAUUUUAUAAUGGCUUGUUAGUGGAUUAUAAUUUUUUAGUAAAUCAUGCUAAGAUGCACCCAAAAGUGGUAUAAGUAGAAAUGUUGACGCUCUAUAAAGACUUUUUUACAUUUCAUGAAUAAUAAUUUGGAGGCGCCACAUUAAACAUUUAGUCACUAAUCACUAAUAUUAUAAUUUUAUCUCCUAGUGGAAGGUUGUUAAAAUUAUGGAAUAGAAAACAUCUCCGUAAAUUUUUACUAAUUAAAUUUUUUCUUAUUUGAGAACAUUGGAUUGAUAUUUUUUAAUAUAUGAUUACAUUUUUUUGUGAACUUGGAGAUAUAUUGUAGCUUAAGAAAUAUUUUAAUUUAAAAUAUUAUAAUUAAUUACAUGUAUUUGAAUUUAUGUUUUUACUGCUAUAAAUAAAGCCUUUUAAGGGAUUUGAUAUCCUACAAUCACAAAGAAGUAUAGAAAUGAAAAAUUAGAUGGUAGAGGGCCUACAAAUCCAUGGGAAUUUUUUUAGUUUUUUAGGAGAGAUCUUUUGCAUAUAUUUCUAGUUUUGAUUCCAUAUUAAAAGAAGCCUUUAGUCAUAAUAUGGUGAAGCUCUCACAAUAGGAAAAAUAGAUAAAAGAAAAGAAUAAUAGUUACAACUUUUGCAUGAGGCUCUCAUCUUUGCAAAAAGUAGUUUCUACAUUUUCGAAAGGAAAAUUGUGAUUAAUAGAUAUUUUCAUGUCAUAUUCUUUAGGUUUGAUUAUAAGAGCAAGAUAAUAUUUUUUACUCUUAUGAAUCAUUAGAGCAUUAACAAAAAUUAGGUUCUAAUCAUAUUUAAAUGAAUACUUGCAUUUUAAUUAACAGUGAUUUUCAUUUAAAUAAAAUAUUAUUAAAUUGUCCUUUUAGUCAAAUUAUUAAAAGUGAAAUAUUGACUAAAUGGAAUUUGCUUUUGAAGUUUUAUGUCUUUAAUAAACUAUAUAUGUAAAUGUCUCUUGAAUAUUUAUAGGUUUGGAGAAUACCUUAAUUCAUAAUCAAAAAGAGAUUUCAUACACUUAGGUAGAUUUAUUACUCUCAACUCAUCAAUAUAUCAUGCAUUCCCCACAAAUUUAUAAACAAGAAGCUAAUCUUAAGUGGCAAUAUUUGACCCUAUAAAGAUGAUUGCUUGUUUUAUAUAUAUAUAUAUAUAUAUAUAUAUAUAUGACAUUCCAAUGACAUUUCAAGUUGAAAUUCUAACUAACUCUUUAGUAAAGCCUAAACAAACUCUCACUCCUACAUUAAAGAGAAAAUUUUGCCUAAAUUAUUUUACCAAAAGAAACACUUAAAAUAUCUACGGUGUUUAUACUAAUCAAAUACUUCUGAGGGGUAAUAAUUUGACUUAAAAGUAUGAGGGAAGUACACAAUGACAUUUAAGGAGUCUGGCUCCUUAAAAUUUACACUAAGUUCUAAUUUCAUAAUGCAUAUUUUUUUUUAUCAUAUUAUAUUUUGGGCUUAUCAUUCUUAAGGUAAAAAAAAAUAACAAGAAGUUAGGUAUAUUGGUAUUUUCUAUCUUUCUUAGAUCCAUCCGACACUAUUUUAGCCGUUAUUUUUGGGUUACAUUAUCCCCAACCAUUUUUUAGAGAUUUGAAUAAUCCACAUUUCAAUAGAGAGUCCACCCUAUAUCCCCCAUUUAUCUUCAAUUCAUUGAGUCCCUCUUAGAAUAUGGAUGGUCCUACAUCGAUCAUUUUAAGUUGCUUAUAAAAUCCGCUGCUGACGCCUGAUCGCUGCCCGAGCUUGACCGACUGACAGUCGCCCUCGCCCGUUUGAUCGGCUACUGCUGCCCCUCCCACCUGAUUGGCCGCCUGUUGCCCUCUUCGGGCCUGACCCGUUGCCCAGAUCCGACCGGACUGCCCAUGCCAUAUCCAUCAUGACCGGGAUUCGAACCUACACCACUCUUAAACCAACUCCCUUCUCCACUCAGUCGCGGGGACAAAACAAAAAAAAAAGAAUUUUUUUUUUUAAUUUAUAUUAUAACGCUGCUUGUGGCUGAUUUGCGGCUACAAUUUUUGCCGCAAGUUGGCUCCACUUAGGGCUGCAAGUGAACCAAACGUUCGACGAGCUAUUCGUUGUUCGGUUCGAUUAAAGCUCGUUUGUGAUCGUUUAAUUAACUAAACAAACAAACUUGAACAAUAUUUUAAAUACUCGAUUCUUAAAUAAACAAG